ACCACCGACUCUUCGUUUUCUUCUGUUGCCGGUUUUCCAUUACUCGAAGAGGAAAAAUCAUUUGGAUCGACGCGGUCGACUUUACGUGUCGUGAUUCCUCGAUGCCUCCGCCAUCAUAACCAAUGUCACCAAAUAACCAGAAUCAUAGAGACAGAGGAUGAAGAUGAUAAGUUCACGGGCGCCGCUGUCAAAGUUGACGGCCGGCCUCUUCUGCAUCAGCUUCCUCGUUUACCUAGUCAUCAUUAACAGUCUGGAAGGCGGCCAGUUUGGUCGCGUCGCCGAUCCAGCUUCGUUCAGCUCGCGCAUGUUAAUGAAUCAUCCAGCGAGCGGCUCUGGCGAUGGCAGUAACUUGCACGAAACCAUCUCAAACUCGGGCGUCAUCACCGCCAUCGACAAUAUGGUCAACCAGAUCGGCGCGGCGGGAUCAGAGCUGACGGAGACGCGCGUCAAAGACAUCAGCAAUGAAAUAGCCAAACAAAUUGCUGAUUACGUCGUUCAAAGGCUCGGCAAAACGGCCCCCAACAGCAACCCAUGCUUCGCCUGUUGGAAACAUGGCAAUGCCACCGACUUACCCGUCAUCUACCUAGUGACGCCGACUUACAGGAGGCCCGAACAAAUUCCCGAUUUGACACGACUGGCUCAGACACUACUGAACGUGCCGGCCGUCCACUGGAUUGUGGUCGAAGACAGCAGUUCCCUGUCACCGGUCAUAGCUUCUCUUCUGAAGCGUUAUGGAAUACCACACACACAUCUCAAAGCUCAAAUGCCUGAAAAGUAUAAAAAAUCCAAGCUCAAGCCUCGUGGAGUGGCUAAUCGGAAUGCGGCGCUCGACUGGGUGCGCAGCAAUUGCAAAACGGGCGUCGUCUACUUUGGCGACGAUGAUAAUACUUACGACAUCCGGCUUUUCGAAGAGAUGCGAUAUACUAAGAAGGUGUCGAUGUGGCCGGUGGGACUAGUAACCAAAGUUGGUCUGAGUUCACCCGUCCUGAACAGCCAAGGCGUCGUCGUCGACUUCUACGACGGCUGGAUCGCCAAUCGAAAGUUUCCCGUAGACAUGGCUGGCUUCGCCGUCAGCGUUCAGCUCGUCCUCGAGAAAUCCGAUGCGUAUAUGCCUUACGUUCCCGGUCACGAAGAGGAUGGCUUCUUGAAGAAACUCGAUAUCUCACCGGCGGAUAUCGAACCGAAAGCCAAUCGGUGCACUCAAAUUUUCGUUUGGCACACGCAGACCAAAUCCAAUACGCCAGCCAACAGGACAACAGCGACGGGGAAACGGUACAAGGGAACGAAUAUCGACACGCUUCAGGAAUGGAUCGUCUAACACUUGGCGUUCCAGUGUCGGCGCACAGCUAAACGGCCGCUCGCGUGUUUGUUACAAAGUUACGAGAAAUAAUUUAUAAAAGAUGAUCAAAAUUCGGAACAUCAUGACGAAGAGAAAAUGAAGGUUAUGAGUGAGAAAAAUGUUGUGCGUGAUAUGCGGUUUGCAGACUCUUUCUGAAUCGCAACGGCGGACCUCUCCCUUCCCACUCCUUUGCCCUAUCAAAUCCGCAGAAGCAGCAAGCCAUUCGUCUUCCUACUGCUCUCUCAUUCUCUCUUUAUCGAUUCGUAUGUACGUUGUCGGCUCUCAUUCACUUAGCCGCAAUUUUUCUCGAUCCGCAGUUUUUCUUUUUCUCUCUCUCUCUCUCCAUACAUCCAACCAUAUCUCAUUUCUAGAACUUUAUCCGCUUGAGUUUCAAUUUUUCUACUUUUUUUUUUCAAAAAAAAAAAACAUUAAUUCAUCCUCUGGUUCCUUAUUGAAUAGCCUUUAUAUCAUGUCUUUUUGCAUCUACUUACGUAGUUCUCCGCCCUAUCCCCACAUUUUUUUUCCCAAUAGAUUCCUCUUGUCCCGUGCUGACGCAGUACAUUUCACUCGUCUCUUUUGAUACAUGUCGGGAUAUAAAAAAAAAAAAAAAGUCUCUCGUUCGUCCCUCUUAUUCAGUGUGCCUAUACAUGUACAUAUUUCCCUACAUGCAGUUAUGACAAUUUUGAGCUUCUUCCUUUUUUUUUUUUAUAUUAUAUGACAGUAUCUACCUAUAGUCUUAUGUUAAUGCAUGAUACUGAAAUGUAUACAAAACUGGAACUCUGAAAUGGACAAUUUAAAACAUGCGCUAAUGUCAACUAAUUUAUCCUGUUAGACAGAAAGUCAGUUUUAGAACCGCCGACCUCCGCUGAGGACAAGAAAAAAAAUGUUGUCGAUGUUCUGAAAAUAUGAAAUGGGAGGAAACAAAAUUCUGAGCAACUUCGUUCGUCUUUUGUAGUUUUACAUUUUCGUCUUGGUUUGCCGUCUCGGACGCUUUUUCAUGAUCGACAAAGGUUUUGGGUCCCAUUUGUUUGACGGAUCUUGACAUUUCGUUUCAUUUCCAUUUUUAAAUCAUUUUAUUUCUCAGUUUUUUUUUUUUUUUUGUUCUCGUACAACAGCCCAACUGAAUCUGACAUUUGUAUAGCGCGUGCAAGAGCGGUAGUGGCACGCCGUGCAUGAUUCGCUUAGUUCUCAGUAUUGAUUUUGUUCCUCGUUGCAAAGCGUCUCUAUCUUUGUUGUGUCGUGCCGAGUUCCGGCCAUGACGGCGGCAGUAGCAGCAAGAGUCUACCACCAAAAGAGUCGUACAAUACCAAUAAAAUAGAGGAAGAAAAAAGAAAACA